GGCGGACGACACACGGCAUCCAGUCAGUCUCCUUUCGUCUUCUUCGAGAAGAAUCCGGGAAAUUCCGAGGGGAGGGCUCGUGACGCGAGGAGCUAGGGUUCGGGAGGGAAGGAGAAGCGGGCGAAGAUGAUCGAGGUGGUGCUCAACGACCGGCUGGGGAAGAAGGUGCGGGUCAAGUGCAACGAGGACGACACCAUCGGCGACCUCAAGAAGCUCGUGGCGGCGCAGACGGGCACCAGGCCCGAGAAGAUCCGCAUCCAGAAGUGGUACACCAUCUACAAGGACCACAUCACCCUCGGCGACUACGAGAUCCACGACGGCAUGGGCCUCGAGCUCUACUACAACUAGAAAAGUUGGUCUGGUCUGCAUUCCAAUCCCAUUAUCUUAAGCCCGUAUGUGGACUCCAACGAGCUAUAUAAUAUCACGAUGGUUGUACCAAUGGGCUGCUGACAUGGCAGCCUGAAUAUACUUGUCGUAUGAUCAACCUGCAAAUGUAGUGUGCUGCUGCUCCUACAACUAUGAAUAACAUACUGUGUGUGACUUUGGUGUGAUUAACUUAUGAUUUGUAUUGCCUGUGAAAUGUGUUGUGCGUAUGACUGUCAAAGCGUAAGAUUCCCCUUGAGGCAUGGCCGCAUGGGUGUAAAUCGAAAGGAAGAGCUGUGGUUUCGUGUUAAACUUUUGCCAUUGAAAGUUGCACGGCCAUCAGGCUGUUUGAA